AAAGACGCCAAAUGAGAUAGUGGGAGAGGGAGUGUAGAUUUAUUAUGAGCAAAAAUUUUGUUGUAUUGUUUGGAGGAUGCUGAGCAUACCUGUACCGGCAUGCACCACCUUCCCGAGCUCAAACAGCUGAAGAGUGCACGCAUCUCUCCCUGUCUCUCUUUUCCUCACACACUCAGGCUCUCCUAUCCUUCCCACUCUCACACACACACGUGCUCGCACUCACGCGCACGCAGUGCUGUCAGGAGCCGCUGGACCACAGCCAUCUCCAGAAGGAGGUUCCAGCGGAGGCAAGAGAAAGCCAGAGUGAGACAAAGGGAAGGAGGACGGCAGACGGCGAGGAGCGAAUAAGGAGCGGCUCAAGGAAGGAGAGACACAGCGCUUUGUGAAGAGCACAAAGCGAGGAAGAGGAGGAGGGAGGAGUAGAGAGGAAAAAAAAGAGGAGGGGAAACAGGAAACGCGAUCACUUUCAGCUGCAGCGGUCCGUGUCGCAGCAUGGGCAAUGCACCAUCCCAAGGCAUGUAAAACCCUAUCUCUAUGCAUACUUGUAUAACAGGUUUUCUUCAUUGCUUUUACACGGUGUGCCAUCCAACCAGCUGGCUGUCCUCCUGUUACACUCUGUGGAGGCAGGGAUGAAGGGGAGGGGAGGUGUGUGUUGGACAGCAGCGUGGCUGUAGCAGAGUGAUGCUGCGAGGCAGCAUCAGUUAAAAGAUUGUAGGUUAGCAACGAGGAGCUGGAGGAUGAGGCUGAGGGAGAGGAGCUGGGUGGAGGCACCAUGUGUGGGAGGAAAGGGGGUGGGGGGCAGGAGAGGCAUCAGUGAAGCAGGUGGUGUUGUUGGGCGUGAUUGCAUAUGUGCACAAGAAAAAAAAAAAGAGUUAAGUGACAGAUUUGUGUUUUGUGUGGUCAAGAACAAAGUGUGAUGGGUGGCAGGCGGUGCUCAAGCCGCCAACCUCUGAACAGUGAGCUGAGAGUAAAGGAAGGCAAGUAUGGAUAGAUAAGACAAAAAAAAGAUGUAAAUGGGGAUUGGAUUAUAAACGGAUGGAUAGGUGGGUCAGGUCCUUAAUUCAAUAAGCUAACCUUUCCUUUGAGGCUUCAGUCACCUCCUUAUAUAGUUCUUUCUUAGUUCGUUCUUUUUUAUAAAAGAACAACAAAAACAACCUUUUUGCUGAAUUCCAACUUCUCCAUCUUUAGACAUCAUUUUUUUUUAAAUAUAUGGAUGUCUUGCUGAGAUCCAUCUGUAAUGGCUUUUGAGAACAACUGCAACACCUGUGACUCCAAAGCAAACCAAAUAAGGCAGAAAAAUGGAUUGAUUAGUGAAAUAAAUUGAGAAAAGUCAUUAACAAUAUCUACCGAAAUGCAAAAACAUUACUUUUCAGACUGAAGGACAACAGCAAACAGCUCAGGGAAUUCAUCCACAUUAAAAUCUCUCUCUUACUCCUCAUUCUUCUCCACUUUGUCUUCCUCCCCUCCUCUUCAUCCCUUGCUUGUCUCUCACCAAGGGACAGUCUGGUAGUUGGUGGGAAGAGGGAAAGCAAGAGAAAAAGCAGAGGAUAUGAAAGACGGCGAAAGAAUGAAAGGAAGUUCAAAAGAACAGAAGAUCAAAAAAUGGUUUGCUCGUAGAUGGACGGCCAACUCUGGGGUCUGCUAUCCCAAGCAAGAUCCUGAGCGUGGUGGCAGUCACAUGAUCUCCACAGAUGAUCUGGAAUAUCCAAGAGAGUACCGGACGCUGGGGAACAGCGCUCGCCGCUUCUCCAAUGUGGGCCUGGUGCAUACGUCGGAGCACCGCCACACGGUCAGUGCCGCCCAGAGCCUGGAGGCUCUCACCAACCUGCACAAGGCUGACAUGGAACGCAAGAGGGACGCUUUCAUGGAUCAUCUCAAAAGCAAGUACCAACAGCAGCAGCAGCAGCAGCAACUGCAGCAUCCACACCACAGCCCCCACCACAACCCACCAUCACCCUCACCCUCCCACGCCAGCAUGAGGGGCACAUCAGAGCGCUCUGCACGAGAACAGCAACAACCCAACUACUGGAGCUUUAAGAGUCGCAGUCCACGACAUUCCCAGUCCACCCAGUCCGGGCUUGCCGACCAGGCUGCCAAGCUCUCGUUCGCUUCAGCUGAAUCCUUGGAGACCAUGUCGGAGGCAGACAUUCCCAUCGGCUUCAAUCGGAUGAACCGUUUUCGUCAGAGCUUGCCACUGUCCCGCUCCGCCAGCCAGAAUAAGCUCCGAUCUCCAGAUGAAUUUUCAGGCGUGCUGUUCCUGCAGUAUGGAGAUGAGACACGCCGGGUGCACAUCACCCAUGAGCUGAGCAGCCUGGACACGCUGCACGCUCUCAUCGUGCACAUGUUCCCUCAGAAGUUGACAGCGGGUAUGCUGAAGUCACCCAACACGGCCAUCUUGAUCAAGGAUGAAGCCCGUAAUGUCUUCUACGAGCUCGAGGACGUCAGGGACAUUCAGGAUCGGAGCAUCAUCAAGAUCUACCGCAAGGAGCCCAUCUAUGCCUCUUACACCGGUGCUGCACAUUUGGCUAAUGGAGACCUGAGGAGAGAAAUGGUGUAUUCCUCCCAUGACUCCUCCCCGACACGCCGCCUUAACACACUUCCUUCGUCCUCUGGCUCUCCAUCCCGCUCGCGCCUGUCCUACAGCGGGGGUCGCCCUCCAUCAUUGGCUGGGUCCCAUCCCCAGCAUGAGCAGCCCAGACACCCUCACCAUCCUUCAGCCGGCCAUGGUGCCAACGUAGGCCUUACUUCUUCACCUAGUGCCAUCCUGGAGCGCCGUGACGUCAAGCCUGAUGAAGAGGUUUCUGCAAAGAACAAGUCCCUGCUGAAGAGUGAGGGGUUGUAUAUGGAUCCAUACAGCUUGAUGCACGAGGGCCGCCUCAGUAUUGCCUCAACCCAAUCGUUAGCUGCAAUCGGAGACCCCUUUGGCUUCCCUGCUUCCACCGGCCUUUAUCGACGCGGUUCUGUACGAUCCCUCAGCACCUACUCAGCUGCUGGUCUGCAGGGGGAACUGGACGACUCUCUCUACAAGCCUGGAGCUUCGCUGUACUCUGACACAUACUCUUCAGCAACCCUGGGCAUGGGUUUUCGCAUGGCGCCCUCAUCCCCACAAAAGAUCCCUGACAUGCAGCUGAGAGAAAGGGACACAUAUUCCAGCUCACCCAGAGCAUCACCUGUUAGGCAGACUUUUCGCAAGGACUCUGCUUCCUCUUCUGUGUUUGUGGAAAGUCCAAAGUCGAGACCAAGCUCUGGAUCUGACCCUAUGUGCCUCACGGGACCUGGGGAAGGCAACAGGGGCAUGUCAGGUUUUGGUCCUUUAUCUGGACAAGAUAUGGAAGCUAGCAGGGAUCAUCGCCUGGAGCGAAUGGAGGCUAUGGAGAAGCAAAUAGCCAGCCUGACUGGUCUGGUCCAGAGUGUUCUGACCAGAGCGCCAGACAGUGACAGCACAUGCGGCCUGCUGCGUCUCUGCAUGAUGGCGGGCUGCCCUCCAGACCAAGGGACGGAGUUUUCACGGCCAUUACCUUUCUCUUCCAGCGAGAAGACCGAAACCAACAGUGACGGCUCCGCCACUGGAACUGGACGGUCGAAGAAGAAAGCAGCAAACACACCGUCGGCACCUCUAGCUCUGAUGCCACCGCCGCCCUCUAACUUGAUCCUGGUGAACAGUGUCGGGCGCCUGCAGAUGAAGCUCCAUCUGCACGGUCUGCAGCAAAAUGCCACCGACCUGCGGAAACAGCUGUCUCAGCUGCGGAAACUACAGCUGGAGAACCAGGAUUCAGUUCGAUCUCUGCUGAAACGGACCGAGGCCGAGCUAAACAUUCGCGUGGCUGACGCCGUGAGGAAACAGGAAGACCCUCUCCAGAGACAGCGCCUCCUCGUGGAGGAGGAGAGGCUCAAGUACCUCAAUGAGGAGGAACUCAUCAUCCAGCAGCUCCACGACCUGGAGAAGUCUGUGGAGGAGAUCCAGAAGGAGUCGUCUGUCAACCACAAGCUGGUGACAGCGCAAGAGCUGGAGGAGAAAACUGCACUUCUGAGAAAGCUGGGAGAAACACUUACUGAGCUGAAAAAUCAGUUUCCUGGCCUUCAAAGUAAGAUGCGGGUGGUGCUGCGGGUGGAGGUGGAAGCCGUUAAAUUUCUAAAAGAAGAGCCGCACAGACUCGACGCCCUUUUAAAACGCUGCAAGACGAUAAAUGAUACCCUCACCACUAUGCGCAAACAAGUGAAUGACGGUGUGUGGAAGAAACCAGAUGACUUAUCAUCCAAGCACAGCAACGACUUACGAAAGUUUUCAGACUUCGACAUCCCUACCAGUCCACCGCUAACAAUCAAUGACCUUGCAGGAAGCAACAGCCUCUCCAACUGGAGUCCUCACUCCAGCCUUAGCCGAGGUCUAAGUCACCCAUCCGGCCCUCAAAAAGACAAUCACCCUCCUGUUCCUCACAAAGGAAAAGCCCUGGAAGAGUUGGAGCGCCGUUCAGCUGCUGACAAAGUGCUGUCCAUGGAAGUACGGCUGGCAGCAGAGCGGGACUGGGAGGAGAAGCGGGCCAGUCUUACACAGUACAGUGCCCAGGACAUCAACCGUCUGCUGGAGGAGACACAGGCUGAGCUAAUGAAGGCUAUUCCAGACUUGGAUUUUGCUGCCAAACAGAUCAAACCCUCCUCCAACAGCCCAUCCACCCAGACCCCACAAACUGGAGCAGCAACCCCUGAACAUCGCACCAGCAAGCCUCAGCAGAAGCUUUCUGCAAAGGAGGGCGGUUCCAGGCGUGGCUCUGAUGAGCUGACAGUGCCGAGAUAUCGCACAGAGAAACCCUCAAAAUCCCCUCCUCCUCCACCACCUCGGCGCAGUUUCCCUUCUUCCCCGGGUAUAACCACCCGCAGCGGAGAGCCGUUAAUCCCUGGAAAAAGCGUAAAGAAAUCUGAUUCAGAAGAGACCGAGACCCAAAAGCCACACAUCAAACUGAGGAGGACCGUGUCUGAAAACCCUCGCCCCGCAUCAACGCCCCCAACCCUGGCAUCGAGAGACAAAGAGGAAGGAGAGGAGGAGAAAAUUGCUGCCGAAUUGGAGCUGUUCGAGAGAGUCCCGCUCAGACUCUCUCGGCCCUCUUCACUUUCCCUGUGUGUUAGUGCAUACAGCAGGAAAACUGCACCCUCCUCCAGUGUGGACCUGUGGCCCCCUGAGGCUUUAGGCACUACUGAGGAAAGGCAGUUGUCUCCUGUCCCUCACAUCGUUUUGACAGAGUGUUUACCCUCUUCAUCGACAAACUCAGAGGAUCCUGUCAGAGAUUUAGCAAACACCCAUGAGGCAAAGAAUCCAUCACCGCACUGGAAAAGUCUUCAAAUGAUCCAAGAUCCGAAUGCUUCCAAAAGAUGCUAUGGAGGACAAACUGCAUCAGCACGUCAGCAGGAGCAACUCUUUUUAGAUCAAGACUGUCAACAGAAAGUUGCCUUGCUUCUAACAGAACUGGAGAUUAGGGUUUUAUCUCCCCAGGAGGUGCAGGGGCUCAGGACAACAGGCAGAGUUCUGCAGACUCUAACCAUCUCCCCACAAACUAAAGAGGUCUCUGAAGCCCAGCUCGCUGAACGACCCCUUCUUGUGCUCUUCAAAAGUGAAAUGAAUGUCAGAGAAGCCUACAAACUUCUUUAUUCCCUUCUGGGGUUGUCCAAACCAGUUCCUAAACCCAGAAUAAAAUCCUCUCAGCAGCCAAGCCAGCAGAAUUAUUUAACAGAUGCUCUUAGAAGGGGGAUGGAGACCGGUGAUGGCAUGCUGAUGGUUCAGCACACAGCUGAAAUACAGAUGCAGCCGAUUGCUUCUGAGCCCUGUGGCAGCUCUGCACACAGUCCCAGGGGAAAGUCCCGUGAUGUCCGGCUCAGCACCUACAAGAGACUGGACAGCUUGGAGGAGACCAUCCGAGAGCUAGAGAACACUUUGAUUGAGAUCAGUGGCUAUCCUGAACCCAAUCUGCUUUACGUUGAGUCAACUAACGACAGAGUUUCAUCACAGACGCCUGACCAUCCGACUGCAGACACCAAGAAGCCACCAGUCCCACCUAAACCCUCAUCAAUCCAGGGAGGAAAUAAUGCCACCCCCGGUAAGGCCCCCCACCCCACAGCCACAUCAAAACUGAAGCACCUGCAGCAGAACAGCACAGAUAAGACUAAGAGCAUCAAGAGAGAAGACUUCAUGAAGACCCAGGGCCAGCAUCAGCAGUGAGCGACCCUCACCCGGGUCACUUUGGCCUCCUUCUCCUCUUGUUCACCUGACCACAGAGAUGCUGCCCUCUUUACUUCCCCAUCACCAGUGUUUCCUUCAGAUUUCAUCCAAAACCCACUCUGUUCAUGAAUGACGGCUGGAAAGGUACAAACAUGCCUGCACAGGCAUGUCUGAGUGUCACUGACAGAUACUAAAGGGAGCCACAACCAAUUUUUUAUACCUUUAAUUUUUCAUGAUUUCCCACUUUGACCCCUUAAGACUUCAUCUUUCUGCACUCCUCCUCCACCUCCCUCCUGUCUCCUAUUUCCUUGCUCUAUUUGAAGGCCUUAGGGACCAGCACAACUGGCAUCAUUGAGACAUAUAUGCCUGGUUUCAAAGCGGGCCUUUUUUCAAGCGUGCCCUCUCCUACAACACGGCGGAAGCGCUCCCAAGAAGGGGAUUUGCCCUCCCUGACAGUCUCCACAAGCCAAGCGAAAGCCCUCCUGGCAAGCCUGUCUGCGUCCGGUCUGAGCACAGAGGCCUUGCUCCUUUCGUCCGCCUUACACCGGCGCCGCCUGCUACGCGAGCAGCAAGCUUCAUCCCUGUCCAGCAGCCAAUCAUCUUCCACUAGCACCCCUACAACGUCCUUGUCUCCAUCCUCUCCAAAUUUUCCAUGUUCUUUUACUUUUUCCUCCGGGGUUGUCAAGUCCAGCCAACAAAGUCUUGACACCUCGUUUCUCAGCAACUUCAAGGACAGUAAAAGUGGGAAUUUGUACCUCAACCAUGACCGGGAGGAGAACGAGGACACAGGAGAAAGCAACUAAAGCAUCAAAGAUACAGCGACAACAUCCAAAAUCCUCCUUCACUUUUAUAAGUCUUUCUUUUCCAGCUUUUUAAGAUUUUGCUCCCGAAAGUAAACUCACUUAAGUUUUACUUUUUUGGAAAAGAUUCUUACUCUGAUCUGGUUCCACAGUUCCACUGCAGUUCUCCCACGCAGUCAUACUGCCAGUUUCCCAGAGAGAGAGAGCACACAAGCAGGCCUCCCCUCCCACUGGCUGUCUGCUCUAAGCUGCUAGGUUGGAUGUAUUCUCACGCUCAUUUCAACAGUGAUCAUAGAAAAUAGAUUCUGCAACAAUUACCAAAUUAGACUAGUAGUUCUACAUGUUUAUGGUAAAGUUGCUCUUACAUGUCUGACACUACGUGAAUCUGUUGGGAGAUUAAGGUGAUGAUUGUAGGUAAUACUUGUUUAAAGGGGGCCUGUGUCUGAAUUUUGAUUUGAUGCUAUCAUUUCCCUUCUGUUUGUACACCGUUUCAUAUUUCUCAGAACCUCCUCUAAUUUUAUUAGAAAAGAAUAUCUCCAGGUAUAAAUAGGAGCCGUUAUAAUUUUUACAAAAAAGCAUCAAUAAAUCCACAUAGACUGAAACAUUAUAUUUCUAUUUAACAGAGAUAAAAAGGUACAGAAACACAAACAAAAGGGAAAAAAUGCAUUUCAUAUUGCAUUUGAUUGUUUUAUUUUUCCUGUACGAGUGUAUUAACUUGUUCUUUACGACAAUCAAGAUGUGUCCACUGUAGCACCGUCCAUGUCACUCCGGCCUUUUACCGCCUAUUUCCAUUCCAAAGAUUUAAGCACACAAAGUAACACAAAAACACACACAUGCAGUAAAGCCAAGCACACUACACUAACUUUUCUCUAAGUCAUAUCUGCUGCACCACGGUUAAUCAAUGCCAAACUGACCAAAACAUUUUACCUUGUAUGUCUGAAGGUGUGUGUGUGUGUGUGUGUGUCUGUGUUCAACCUGUCUUUUUAAGAUCAAACUUUAUCUGCUGCAAAAAAAAGCUCCCAGAGCUUUUAGUUGUUUGCACAUUAUCUUUCACAAUGUUAGCUGAUGACGCUCCAUUGGUGUUUCCAAGAUAUAGCAAAUUAAUUCGCACAUUUCUAAAUAUAUGAAAUGUCCUCCCGGGUUUAUGUGAGAUAAAUAGAAAAGGUUAAAAGGAAGCACAAUGUUGUCUAAAAUAAGGGGAAACAAUUAUUUUUUUAUUUCAAAAUUUGAAACUAAUUUAGCCAGCGAGCUGUAAAACAAUUCAGAUCUAUAACAUGAUCUUCUGGCAUUUUUCUAAAGGUGGCAGACAUUAAUAAAAGCAAAUUCUGCUUAAAUUUAUAUUUUGGAGUAUAUAAAUCAGGAGCAGACGGAAAAAAAGCAGCGUGGAAAAGAGCUUAUUGGUUAUGUCGAAAACAAAAAAGAAAGCUUUCUGCUCUGAGCUCCCAGCAGCAACAGGAAGAGGAAAGUUGGGCGGGGUUGCUCUGCUAUUCCCACCCACAAUUCAGAAGUAAAUCAGUAAGGAACUCCUGCCGCUCUAAAGAAACUAUGUCUAAGAAAACACAGUGGGAUAAACAUAAUUAAAAGACCACUGGGAACAAUUUGAAAAUAGAUCAAAAGAUGUUUGGAAUGGGUCUUUGAAGUAUGAAGAGACUGAAAUGCAGGCCAGGGUAUAAACAAACAAUAGAUACUCCAGCAUACUAUUUAAGAGAAGUUGAAUAUUUAGGACUAAAUAGUAUCUUUAUAUUUUAAGAAUAUAAAGGGUAGAAAAAUGACUAUUAAAGUAUUUAAAUUAUAUAUAUACCACAGACUACAAAGUUUGGAAAAAAAAUACUUUUUUCUCUUCAGCAGAAGUUUUUGCACAGAAAGGAUUGAAUUAAAAUCCACAUUUAAAGAAUGUACAAACCUGCUAUUGUGAGUCAGAGAACAUAUUUUAAGAAAUUUGUACAUAAAUAAAUAGAUUCUAAAGUACAACUGUAAUAAAAAAUAACUCCAAGCAACAAAAAUCUGGAAUGAAUUCAAUAUUAAGACAACACUGGACCGUGUGUAUUUUAUUUUUAAAUCGAUAAACACUUUUAGGUCUCGAAGCAGCAUUAUACUUUCAGAUUCCUUCAAGUUGAUGCCCAUUUAGGAAAAAAAGCUCUUUUUUAAUUUUUGUGUAACACUUCCUAACAUGUAACAUCAGACAUCCAUUGUGCAGCACUGCAGAUCUUUUCACUUCUUUUGUAAUAUUGAGCACAACAGGAAGUAAAAACAAGAAAGGAUAAAGUUGAUAUUCCUCGUUUACAGAAACCUCCCUGACAGGAAAUAUGAAAAAAUAAGUAAAUGAUUUGAGCUUUUUUACCAUUUCACACACUCUACUGCUGUUUUUGAAAAGCAGAGAUUUGAUGAAUCUGGUUAAAUGAUGAGCAACUGUUCUGUUAACACUUACAUAAGUUGUUUGUUAUUGCUUGCAUUCAUGAAAUAUUCAUUAAUGGGGACCUUUCGAUGUGCCUCUGUGACAGCAGCUCUGACUAAACUCCAUCACCUAUCCUGUCAGUGAAUCCUUCUCUGUUCUGGAGCUGCAUGUUGUCGGGGCCUGCCUCCAGGCUGCAGAUUAGUAGGUUAAAGGAACAGCCAAAGUGAUUCUUCUCCCCAGAGUAUCGAUGUUAAAUCCAUUUUUGUGUCUUUGACAUUAAAACAUGCACAGAGGUUUUUGUCAGAGUGGGCAGCAUCAGCAGAGGGGAUUAAUUUGAUGACGUGAGUUGGAAGCCUCCUUUUCUAAGCUUUAACCCCCUCCCUGUCUCCAUCAAGAGUGUUUGUGAUGUAAGACACUCAGAGAGAUUAGAGCGCCAGUCUGACAGCCAAAGCAACUGACUUUGCAGCCGUUUCUUUCCUUUCUCUUUGAUGCGUGUCCUUUCCAAAGAAGGAAUCACUUUUUCUGAGGAGCCUCAAAUAUUAACAGUUUGUGCAAUAUCUGUAGGUAGUUUGUUCCACACCUGCCUGUAUGUCUCCAAGGACCUGUUACCCCACUUUUCCCUGUGCCUGUAAGAAAUUAAUCACUGGAAAUAUUAUUUUAAAAUAUAUAGAUCUGCAACACUUACAGAAAAGUUACCUUUCCAAGCAAUUCCAUAGUUGCGUUUCAAUUAACUGAAAUCCCAGAAAUAUAUUGUUUUUACUCCUAAAAUUAGAAUUCUUCAAGAUAAAUUUGCUGUGUCUGGUGAGCAUUGCAGGGAAAUUAUGCACACUAUAGUUUUUCCUGCGGUCAGCCUUGACAGAUUUGGCCUCAAGACCUUUUUUGUUUUCACUUUUGCUUUUCCUCAGACGAGUGUUAGCAGGCUGUGAUUUCAACACGGCGGUGGUUUCCUGCAUGUUAAACACGUUCAGUGGACGCCUCUGGCAAUCAGAAAAACCACUCAUACAAACUUGAAACUACUUAUAAAUAUAAAUAUAUAAAUAUAUCUAAGUGAGAUGUUUGUGUAUGAUACCAUAAUUGUGAGAAGAAGAAAAAAAGAAUUAAUGUAUAUUUAGGCCUAGAUUAAAGUAUAUACUGUAAAAUUUCAUCAUCUCCUCUGUUUUAUAUAUUAGUAAUCAUUUUUGUACAGAUUUUUUCUUUUUUAACUCAUUGAAAAAAAGAUAUUACAUUUCACACUAAGAUUAUUUAUUUCAAUGCAGAACAUUUUUAUAUUUGUUUAAAAUCUCUGUAUAGAUUACUGUUAGCUUCUGUAAUAUAAUCUUUUGGAAUUCUAAGAUUUUCUUUAUGACCACUGUGUUAGAGUUUAUGUACAUUUCGAUCUUUAGAACUUUAAAUAGCGUGUACAGCUCCCUCUGUGAAGUUUAAUUUUUGGCUAUAAGCGGUUGUGUCUAGGGGCGUCUUUUUUUUUCUUUUUGUCCCUAAAAACAUUCUGUUUUUGUAAAUCAGGUGGUAUUAUUUAACUAGAGAUUGUCAAAAAAAGGCAAUAUUAUAAUAACAACUGUGAAAUGAGAACAAAGGCUUCUUGCUGAAGCUUUUUUCUGUAACAAAAUUGAGUUGGAUGGCUUUCAUUUUACAGCAAUGUCAUGUUUGACAUGUGGAUGGGAUUUGUGUGGAGGCAGCAUUUACAGCACUGCUGCAGUUUGUUGCUUUAAGUAGCAGGUUGCUGGGAAACAUGCAAAAGUCACUAAAAUGGUUUAUUAAAAAAAAGGGAAUUAUGUGAUGUAUGUUUUUUUUCUCCAACCAUUUACUGUUUUUGUUUUAUAUGCAUUCUAUAGUAUGUAUAUGAGAUUUUUACAUGAAUGUGUGGAUGUUGGCAUCAAAAAGAGAAAAACAAAAAUGACUUGUAAAUAGAAUAAGUCAUUCCUAGCGAGUCUGACAAAUUGUUAUGUCCAAAAGAAAACGUUUUAUUUAAUAAAGUAUGACAAUGGGUGCAAAAGUAUAUUCAAAACCAUGCAUGUAUAGUCUCAAGCAAACGCACGGUACAGUUAACUAAAAUUAUUGUCUACAUGUUUUCUCAGAAAUAUGAGAAAGGAAUUAGAUAGAGAGCUGGUUCAAUGUUAAAGGUUUACAAAGAUACAAAUGACAUUAUUUUGGUAUCUGUGACAGGCAUGUUCAGUUUUACUGUGAAGUUAUGUGAUGAUGACGAUGAUGAUGGUGAGAGUGGCUGAGAGUCUUGAACGUCAAGAAGGCAAAAUAUAUGAACGCAAGUCAACCGAGAAUUAACUAGUGAAGGCGUACACUUCUUUCCAUGGAGUGAUUCUCCCAUUUGUAGAGUAGUGUGAAAUAAGAAUAAAAAUACAGAAAAUAGAUCUAAGAUAUAAUGAAAUAUAAAUCUAAGCUCCUACUGAAAUGGGAGAUAUUAAUUUAUCAGUGUGGAUGCCAUGACAUUUUGUGAGAAAUGUGUUUUCUUUCUGUGAAAAGACAGCAGGUAAAUGCACCUGCGCUCUUUUGUACAUAAUUUGCUGUGGUUGUGUGUCCAAUAAAGGUCAGCUCUCUUGUA